UUUUCAAAUGUAAAAACACAUAAGAGUACAGUCUGAGUCUUCAGAUUUACAGAAAGGGAAACCUGUAAAUUAUUGUUUUAGAUACUAUUAAAGAAAAAAAAAUGUCAUUCCAUCCUCAAUAGAUAAGAGCAACACGGAUCAGCCAUAACACUAACACCACCACAAGGUUAAUUGAAUAACAUUGAUUAGAAAUGAUAUACCAUUAAUCUGGUGACUGGAUCUUGAGCACCCAAGGCUCAUCUGUGCCUGUGGAGACCAAAGGCCAACCCUGAUCCCGCAGAAUAGCUAAUAUAGCACAAUUUGCUGGUAUAAGUCUGUGCUGGCAAUGACAGAAAGGAACCAGAACAGCCCAUCGUGCACGGGCCCCAAGAGCCCUUAUCCACUGAUCUGGUCUCCAAACUCCACAGAUCCCAAUCCGAUUGAGCACCCAUGGGAUUUUCGAACAAACAAGUCCAACUCAUGGACCCACCCUGCAACCCAGAGCACCAAAAGCAUCCGCUGCCUUGUGCCAGAAACCACAGCACACCCCAGAAGACCUGUGGAGCCACACCCCUUAGGGGCCCAAGCCACCCUAAUAGCACAAGGGGAACCCAAAACCUAAAAGAUUUUAAUGUUGAUAGCCCUACAUUUAUGGCUGAUCAGUGUAUAUAGACAGGGACUGUCUGUCUCUGAUUAUUUUUGUGCCUCCUUGCUUGUCACAUUCCUCCCCAAAACACUGGCCCACAUCAGGACCAGAGGCAGAGCUACAAAGCUGUUGCACGUGACGAAGCCGGCGCCUCCAGCCACACUCUGGCAUCUCAGGGCUCCACUUAUGUACACAGUGUGCUUGGUCCCGCAUGCAUCUUUCUACGCAAGGGAUUCGCUGAGAGCCGACAGGCUGUACGACAGACAGCUGAGACCCGAAGAGCUGGAUGAGCUCCGAGAAGCAUUUUCCGAGUUUGACAAGGACAAAGACGGCCUUAUUAACUGUAAGGAUCUGGGGGCCUGUAUGAGGACGAUGGGUUACAUGCCUACGGAGAUGGAGCUGAUUGAACUAAGUCAGCAGGUCAACAUGAACAUGGGAGGUCAUGUAGACUUUGAUGACUUCGUUGAGCUGAUGGGUCCAAAGCUGUUAGCAGAAACGGCUGAUAUGAUCGGAGUAAAAGAGCUCAGAGAUGCUUUUAAAGAAUUUGAUGCUAAUGGAGACGGUCAAAUCAGCACAUCUGAACUACAAGAGGCUAUGAAGAAACUGCUGGGACAACAGGUUAGACGCAAAGAACUGGAAGACAUCGUGAGAGACAUUGAUCUUAACGGUGAUGGACAUGUGGACUUUGAAGAGUUCGUGCGAAUGAUGUCACGCUGACUUAGAGGGGCGACACUUUGACACAUCGAAAGACACGAUGGAGGUAGAGAGGCGCUAGGGAGGAGAUUAGAAGGGACAUUUGGAAUACAACCUCUGACCUCUGACCCUGCAAUGAAGCAUGAAAGCCCUUUACAUCUCCUUUAUACAGACUACAGGCUGAUCAAACAAUGCUGCAAAGAAAACGUUUUAUAUCCAGCUUUGACGAAAGCACAUCUUCCUGAUGAUAAUCAACAUAUCGCUGCAAUACUGUGACUUCAAAUGAUUAUUACGCCAGGAAUAUCUGAGCAAGACACCUUAUGGAUAGGAUAUGCAAUAGUACUUCUGUUUUUUUGUUUCUGUGUUUACAUGAAGAUGUUGAUUGCUGUGUGAGACUGAGUGUAUGAAGCCCAUUUUACAUGAGAUGUUUGAGCAUCCUUAAAUGUAGCAUUUCAUACUCGGACAAGCAGUGCAGCAGGGGUCGCACAUGCACUUGGCUUGAUUUAGUGUUUGAAAGAUUAUGAAAAUAUUUUUUUCUCUAAUAUAAAUAUAUAAUGUAAAAAGUACAUGACUUUAAGGUGUGUACUGAAAGUAAUGCAAAAGUGGGCUUUUUUUGUAAUCAAUGUAGGUUAAUGUAGAGUUAAUUAAAAAAUAAAAAGCUAUGCCCACUUUUGCAUUACUUUCGGUACAGCUCUCAUAUUAAUAUGCUUAUUUUACAGCCUUUGAGAACAAAAAAACCUUGAAACCUAUAAAUAAUUAAGAUCAACUCUGACACAGGAACGUUAGCUUAAAUCUAAGAGCACAACACAGUGAUAAACUGGGGAAGACUAGUCUGGCCUGGCUGUUCCUCAGGGGAAUUUUAUUGGUUACAUAAUAAAAUAAAAUGCAUGAACAUGCUUCAGUUAAUAUAGUUCCUUGUAAUAAACUGACAGGACUACUGUAAAAUACGCCUCUACACACUUACUCGUGGAUGUAAUUACGUUUUAUAGAUAGUUAAGAAAUGGUAUGGAUAUGUUUCUUUUAUCAUUCAUGAAACAUAUAUGAGUGUUUUCUACCUUUGAAUGCAUGUACACCUGUUUUUUCAUGCAAUUAGCCAAUCAGCCAAUCAAAACUCAUCAGCCAUAACAUUACAACACAAAACAUUAUACCCAGUAUUGUGUAGGUUCCUCCUUGUGCCACUGGGCAGCUCUGACCCCAUGGGACAUGCCCUCUGUCUCACACCAGGACAUUGGUAGUAUACUUUGGGUCAUGUGGGUUGUGGGGUGGGUCCUCCUUGGAUGGGAUGUGUUUGUCCGGUGCAUCCCAUGGGUGCACGAUCGGAUUGGGAUGCUGGGCCGUGUGCUGGCAGCGGGUGGCAAAGUGGGUGUUCUAUCAUGGCCAGAAUUGACCAGAAUUGUACAGGGGAUGUAGCAAUAACUCCCAGCCAUUCUGUGCUUGAAUUCUUUUGAAAAUGUCAUACGCCAUUUGCAAGAAAGUGAUUUGUGCAGCAUUGGCUUUUCUGUGGAAACAGACCAAGAGAUUCUAAAGAGAUUUAGAUUUGUUCUUGGCUAAUGAAGUUGACUGAAGCCUGAUGCGGUCUUCCGCUGUUGUAGCAAGGUUUUAAAGUUUGUGCAUGCUAAGCUGCUUUUUAACCCCCGCAAUAUUGUAAACUCUAAACAUUCUUACGAUGUUAAUCAGACCUCUUCUUAUCUACUCCUAUAACUGCCACUUGUUGGAUGUUUUCCAUUUUUGGGCACCAUUCUCUGCAGUGACUGUUGUGUUAAAAAUCACAUCGAUUUCUAAAAUACUUAAACCUGGCAUCUGACACCAACAUCCGUGCCAAGCCUAAAUUUUCCCUAUAUUGAUGUUAGAUGAGAAACUAAACCAUUAUCUGACCCUUUAGACCAGUAUCUGCCAUUACAACGCUGCUACAUGAUUGGCUGAGAGGUCAGUUGCAUGCUAGUGCAUGUGUACACAUGUUCCUAAUAAAGGCUGACGAUUGCAUGUGAAAUAUAUGAAAAGUCUGGUCGCUAUGAUCUUAUACAAUAUACAAUACCUAUAUGUUAUACCCUACAGCACUCUAUGCCAUGUGUUCUUUAUAUACUCUUAAAAAUCAAAGUGACACAAGGGAUGCAACAGAAGAAAUGUUUUUUUCUUUUGGUUGUUGUAAAGCACAUAUCAAAAUGUUGCACUAUGUCAAAUGUUGAGCCAUUUGGGAUUCAACUCACAAAAAUAGAGGAUAGAGGCACGAAUAUAAUAUUAAAUAUGCAACAAAAAUCGCUGUACAUGUUACUAUUAUUAGAUGGUAGUGUAUAAAAUAAUGGCCCUAUUAGUGCAACAGGAAGCCUUACUGGCCUAUAAUAUACAAAUCAAACUUGGACGUUUGAUUCUAUAAGAGUUAAAAACUCUUCCCAGGAACUCCUUUAAGAGCCCAAACAUGUAGAAACAGCUUGAAGUGGGUCAAGCUUGUACAGGGGAUGUGGCAACAACUCCCAGCCGUACUGUGCUUAAAGUCUUCUGUAGAUGUCAUAAACCUUUGUUCACCAGAAGGUUCAUCAUAAGUCCCGGUUUGACUUGAACACCCCUGUUUAGUUACCUCUAAAUCAGCAAGUUUCUGGAAUACAGCUCCCUAUACAAAGUGCACCACACAGGGUAUCGAUGUAAUGAAAUAAUAAAAUUGAAUGUAUGUAUACCCAGUAUGCAUAAAUUUGGGAUUCAGUUUUCUAAGGUAUUUAAUUCAUUCUACAUACAGAAUGAAUUAACAGCACAUACACUCUAGUUAGAGAACAGCAACCCUAUCACCCAGGGAAUUUUAAAUGGGUUCCACACUGAACAUUCGCUUUUGGUUCAGCUCUCAAGUACACUAUAUUGAGGAAUAAAUAAUACUACUUGCACUUCCUGAAGUUGCGUUAUAUAAGAAAAGAAAAUUUGAUGCAAUUCUUCUAUUAGAAAGAACAAAAGUAUUUAUUUUUUAUGCUGUAAAGACAAUAAAUGAUCACUGUCUUGUCUGUGUUUUAUGUCCUGCAUGAGUAUAAUGUUGACCUAGACAUGUAGUUGGAGUCAUAUGUACAUUCUGUUCUUUAUUGUGAGUGUCAACAUCUGUUUAAAAUCAAAAAGAGCAUCUCAAAAACCUCAACAUUUGUGAGAAAGAUAUAAAGGAGCGUGUGUAUUCCGUAUGUCCUCUUCCGUAUGUCUUCAUUUUGUUCGGGUUUCUUUUAACUGUAUGAUUCUUUGCAUGCAGAGUGACAGAGUGUAAAUUUUA